GAUGUUAUCUAGUGACACACAACAGCCAAAAGAUCAGUUCCCUCAUUUCUUUCGAGCGACCCUUCUUAUCAACUUGGUAGUGUUUCAAAUGUAUCGCGCCCACUUUCUUCCAGGAAUUUAAGGAAGCAUUGCAGCCCCAUGGGCAGUGUUCUGGCUUUGUCUUCCGGUCCGGGCCACCCGAACUGGCCUUUUUCUACGGACCCCCCUCCUUUUCGCUGGGACGCGCAUCCUGCUCACUGGUACAGCCCGCCACGUUGGGAGAAGAGAGAUGGACGACUACCUAACCCAGGCAGCUUUCAUUCCCUACACAGGAGUUGCAAAGAUGUGUUUCCUCAACAGAUUGAGGGUAUCAAGAUGAUUGUCAAUAAAACUGUGAGCAGCUUCUUCAAGGUCAGUCAUACUCUCCACCUCAGUGCCGUCAGUCCGUCGUACUAUCGAUUCCAUGUGGAGCAUCUGCAAUCUGACGACUACAGCAAAGACAAAGAUGCCCCCGCAUUAAUUGGUGAGAUGGAUUCCUCAGGCAGUCUGAACGCUCAUGCUUUGUUGCAUCUCACUGAGCGUGUACGAGCCAGAUCGGUAUUCCAGACCCAACAGUCCCAGUUUGUAACGUGGCAGUUUGAAACAGAAUACAGAGGGAGUGACUUCACUGCUGCUGUGACGGUGGCUAAUCCAGACGUGCUUAGAGAAUCAGUUAUCCUAGUGGCUCACUUUCUGCAGAGUGUGUCCGCUGGUCUGGUGUUAGGAGGCGAGAUGGUCUACCACAGAGGCAGAGCAGAAGAGGGUGGAAUCCUCACACUGGCUGGGCAGUAUUCAAGACCAAACUGGGUGGCAACAUUAAAUGCCGGUAAAGGAGGUGCCCACGCUAGCUACUAUCAUAGAGCUAACAAGCAGAUCCAAGUUGGGGUGGAAUUUGAAGCCAGUACAAGGACUCAGGAGACCACAACCUCAUUUGGGUACCAGAUGGAACUACCAGAAGCCAACAUGGUCUUUCGAGGUAUGAUUAACAGUCGCUGCAUCAUCGGAGGCGUGCUGGAGAAACGCCUGAGCCCGCUCCCUGCCACCCUGAUCAUGGGUGCCUUUGUAAACCACCGCGGGGACAAGCUGCAAGUAGGUCUCGGUGUCAAUGUGGGACAAUAGUCUACUUUUUUUUUAUCAUUGCUGACAUUGACAACUGACAAAACAGAAUGCUGCCUCCAUGAAUCUAUACUUAAAAAAAAAAAAAAACCUGAAGGUGAGUCAGUUCCAGGAAAUCCCACAGUAUGGGGCCUCGAAGAAUUCCUGAAAUCAGUGCAUCAUCUCAAUGCAAUCUACCUCUGAAAAUAAAGGGGGAUUAUUUAUUUAUUUAUUUAUUUAUUUAUUUAAUUUAUUUAUUUGGGCGCCGUCCCAUUAAGCAGAUAAUAAUGUGGCUUUCUGAGUGGCGCAACAAGAGUUAUGAGGGCUCUACUAGUACGGACAUUUUGUUACAACUUGUAAAAAAGAAAAUAAUGUUAUUUUAAGAUUUUUCAAUGGAGUGUUUGCCAUUUUCCCCGCAAAGUAGAAUACAAUCGUUGUAAUUUAAAUCUAUAACAUGCAGAUUAUAAACUGGUUUUGGAUCGGUAGUAACCAAGUUUGAUUUUAAUACAACCAAAAAUGACGGUUUGGAUUGGACAGAUCGACCCC